AAUAUUGAAAGAGGAAAGUUAAUAGGGUGUGUGAUGAGGGGGCAACUGAGUUCAUUUUUUGAUCGAUAUCUCUGCAAAUUUUGAAGAAGAUGCCCAUAGACGGAAGUGUCCAUGAUGCCCAUACAAUCCUCCUUGGAGUUGAGGAGGUGGACCAUUUCCCUCCCGAUUUCAAGGAAUACAUACGAAAGGAACAACUCAAUUGGUCGCGAUUUGAAGCAGAUCUUCCAGAUUUGUAUGGGCGUCCGACUUUUGGAUGGGUUUUCUGGAGCCAACGAGACCACCAGACCCAACUCGGCAAGUCCUCUCUCUCUCUCGAUAAUUUUGCGGACUUAAUCAGAAAUGCUCUCCAAAAAUUGAUAUCCAAGGAUGAACUUGGUUGGCACCUAGUUCAAUUUUGGGCACCCACAAAAACGUCCGAGGGGCGGACUUUACUUACAACUCAAUUCCAACCUUUUGCUCUUGGUACAACAUCAUAUGCCUCGGAUGCGAGAAAUAGGCUUUGUGAGUACAGGAUGGGGAUAUGUAGGGAGUAUAAUAACUCCUUCUACGCAGAUGCAGAGUGUGCAGAAGAACUACUUGGGCUUCCUGGCCGUGUCUUCCUUCAUCAAUUCCCCGAAUCCACUCCGGAUGUCAUGUAUUACUCUCUUAAAGAGUAUCCACAACGCGACCUUGCUUUACGUUGCAAGAUUGGAUCAUCUUGGGCUGGGCCAGUGUUCGACCAUUCCAGCCACGCCUGUGUUGGUGUUCUUGAGAUUGUGUCUCCGUGCUUCAUGUUUCCUGUUUUGCGUCACAAAUCUUUCCUCGGCCAAAUGUAUGACAUUUUUCAGGACGACGACGACGAGCCGCCCCUUCCGGAGUUGGCCACCACUAUCGUCGACGACGUGGAGCAGAAGCAGAGGGAAGAGCUCCGAAAAAUGAGGGACAGAGAGCUUGAGGAGGCCAUCGCAAAGUUCCGGCGCACGUUGAAAGCGGUUGGUCCCAAUUUGCCUGACGGUGGGGUGAAGAUGAGGGCCGGCAUCAAGCGCUAUCAGGACGAGAUAGACCGCCGGAGAUUACGUCGGCUGGAAAAGAUCCAAGCUAAGGGUGGAGGAGUGAUGUUGCAGCUACCUCAACUGGAUCAGGCAUCAGCGAGUGCCAUACAUAGUGGAACGAAUGUCGUUAGUAGAGAUCAAAACUACAUUUUGCCUAGUCUUGAAGCCUUGCAGAAUGGAGAAGUGACGAUGCAACUAGAUUCAUGUGAUCAGCUGUCAAUGGAUCCUUCAAAAAAUGCACAGAAUGUUGUCAUUGCAGAACGAAACAUCAUUGUGGUUACUAGUUCAGAAGGAGGCCCAAGAGAGAUGCAAGAAAGGCAACAUAAGAACACAGGAGUUCAAAUUGAAGUUUCUUUAGAUGAUAUCCUUAAAUAUUCCAAAAAGAGCCGUAUCGAUGCUGCAAAGAAACUCCAAGUUAGCGUAUCGACAUUGAAGCGUGUAUGUAGGGGUUAUGGUAUCGAUCGGUGGCCACCUCGCAACAUAGAAAAGUUCCGUUCCUUUCAGCCCUCACCUAUUGAGAACGAGGGACAAACCCGACAACGUCUAAAUUCUGAUUUGCCUUUGAAUCAAGCCUCGAACAGUGUUGCUCACACAAAUCCAGCAUUCCAAGAUGCGGAUAUAGUGACAAUUAAGGCGAAAUAUGAAAAUAAUACGAUAAAGUUCCGGUUGUCUUUACCAUCUAGAUUAGUAGCGCUUCAGCAAGAAGUGGCUAAUAGACUGAACCUGGAAGCUGGAACUUACUACGUCAGGUAUAAAGAUGACGAAAAUGACUUGAUUUUAAUAGCUUGCGACCAGGACUUGCAAGAUUGUAUACACACUUUUAAAUCAUUGGGCAACACUUCGGUAGUGGUGCAGCUUGAGCUCAAAUAGUCUAGUAUCCAUCGACCUUCUUGUAGUUUUUGACUUCAUUUGUUUGGAUUCCUGUGGAUUUCAAGUGCUUUUUUUAAUGGUAAUUCUGCUGCCCCAGUGAAAAGAUCAGCCCUUGGUGCUC